CAAUCAUUGCGGAUCCCUGAUAAGAUGGCGGCCACCUCGUCGUAUAUCGCUAGCGUGCGGUGCGAUGAGGCGGACCUCUUCUGAGAACUCGAAAGAAUGGAAAGCUCCACGUCGCCAGGUACCAGCAACCUAUUCAAACCGCUUAAAAUUGGCCGCAUCACCGUAUCGCAUCGAAUCGCGCUCGCGCCACUCACACGAUACCGUGCUGACGGUAAUCAUGUCCCUCUUCCCUUCGUUAAAGAGUACUAUGCCCAGCGUGCAAGCACUCCAGGGACGCUUCUAAUAACUGAGGGUGCUUUCAUCUCGCCUCGAGCUAGCGGAUUUCGAUCAGUCCCUGGUCUAUGGUCUAAAGAGCAGAUAGUUGCAUGGAAAGAAGUCACAGACGCCGUGCAUGCAAAGGGAAGCUUCAUAUACUGUCAACUAUGGGCCCUGGGAAGAGCUGCACUUGAGGAUAUACUGAGAAAAGAGUUUGGACUAAAGCCCGUGAGCAGCUCUGCUACGCCCAUGCCGCAGGUAACCAAGCUACCCGGUAAGCAAGACACCAGUGGCACACUGCCGGUAGAGCUUUCAGAGAAAGAAAUCCAAGAGUUCAUUGCAGACUACGGGCAGGCUGCCAAGAACUGUGUGGAGGCUGGUUUUGAUGGCGUGGAAAUACAUGGCGCGAAUGGCUACCUCCCUGAUCAGUUUACACAAGACAAUGUCAACAAGCGAACCGAUGGCUGGGGUGGAAGUGUAGAGAAGCGCUCGAGAUUCGGACUGGCAGUUGCCAAAGCUGCAGUCGACGCAAUCGGGUCUGAUCGCGUGGGCUACCGCAUUUCUCCGUUCAGCAGAUUUCAGGGCAUGCUUAUGAAGGACCCAAUCCCACAGUUCUCUUGCCUGGUAGAGGGCUUAAAGAAGCUGGACCUGGCUUACCUUCAUGCAGUGGAAAGUCGAAUCUCUGGCAAUGCAGAUGUUGAGAACUUUCGCAAGCUCGAUUUCCUAACUAAGACCUGGGGGGACAAACCGCUCCUGGUAGCAGGCGGGUAUAGACCAGAUACCGCCUUACGCGCAGCCGACGAGGAUUAUAAGGAUCUUAACGCUGUAAUUGUAUUUGGCCGGCUGUAUAUCUCAAAUCCAGACCUACCAUUUCGAAUUCGCCAUGGAAUUGAGCUCGAGCCGUACGACAGGAAGAAAUUUUACAAUGCUAGAUCGCCGGAUGGCUACGUUAACUAUCCAUUCUCCACACAGUUCGAGCCGAGCAAACUAUAGACAUGGGUCUAUGCAGAAGACCGUUUGAGGUAUAUAUUUUCUUGUAUUAAUAUAAUUGUUAGCGAUAGAUGACUGGGUGGUCGAUUAAAUAUACACAAGCUUUUUGCGCCGAC